GGAUGUAACGUGAAUGUACUAUAUUUUAUCUAGGCAUUUUAGCGGAGCAACGUUUUUGAAUUGAUUUUAUAUUUAACCUUGAGAUUCGAUAAGAAAUUGUUCGAAUAAAUCGGGCAAAGAAAAGCUGAAAUAUAUGAUGGAUAUAAACAUCCCCCGCGUUUUUUUUAUGUUUUAUUUUCGCUCGUACCGUAAUUUGUCGAAGAACAAUUAAUUUAGCUCGCUUGAUUCAUUUUCAAACUUUCGGAACUUGCAAUAUUUUCUCUGGUCUACCGGUACUUUUUUGUUUCCAGGUAACGCUGCAUUGAUUUCGAGAGUUCACGUUCUGGAACUUGGACAAUUCCAGUAGCCGCGUCUGUCAGCGAAGAGUCGCACGUGGAAAACAAACACUAAUAAUGGGAUUAAUAUGGGGCGGCUGGUUGACGGCGAUAACGAAAAUUGAUUUCACCCUCGUGCCCUUCGAAAACCCCUCUCUCCCUCUGCGCUCCUCGAGGCCACCCCACGGCAUGGGGAUCCCAUUUGAACGCGUUGACGUUUCAUGGGACACUGCGCAAAACCGGCGACACGCCUCUUUUCUAUUGGCAUGGCCUGCCCAACGUCGAUGCUGACGUACAACGGGUGUUCCGGAGUGACAGUGGACACGGAGAACGGUUCCCCAGCGGAGUCGCUGUUGUCCGCUGAAGGAGAGGAAGUCGGGGAUUCUCCUAGCACACCAAGAGACACCGAAGAAGAAGCUACCCUUUCGGAUGAGUUCUACUCCCACGACACGGACGACGAAGAGGACCAAGGCAAGAAACGACGGGACCGCGCCAAUUCUCUAGACGGUAUAUCAUCCGGGAGCGGUCACCUCGGAUCACCAACGCCUCGAGUAGGAACUCUGGGUGUUCGAAAAUUAUUCACGAACAGCCGAGAACGUUGGAGACAGCAGAAUGUAAGCGGUGCCUUCGCCGAGCUUCGAAAAUUGGUACCCACUCAUCCACCAGACAAGAAAUUGUCGAAGAACGAGAUCCUGCGUCUGGCCAUUCGAUACAUACGUCUCCUAAGCAACGUCCUGGAGUGGCAGAAGGCCCAAGACCGCAACGACGCGACGCAGCACGAGGUACGAAUCAAAUGCGAGCCCACCUACAACGCUCAAAAUUCGACAGCCUAUCCCACGAAACCCGCCGUGGCGUUUCUAAAACAGGAGAAGCAGAUCAACGACAACCACAACGCCUACAGGACGAACUUCGCCGCGCAGAAGCAGCUUCAGCAUCCAGUAUCCCACGUGGCCUGCGACAAAAACGGCAACAACCUGCUGAUGAUCGCUCCUGCUGGCCACAACGUCACCGUCGCGGUAAACAAACGAAGCGCGACGCCAUCCACCAUAGCCGUUCAGAACACUUUUCCACCUGGGGUCCUGAGCAACGGGGGUUUGAUACGUUCGCCGGUUGGUCCACGACCUUCGGGCUUCCCCAAGUCGCCACAGAUCAACGUGCAGGCCGUUAGCAGCCCGAACAUCCUCAGCAACUCUUCGAGUACGCCUUUGACUAGCAACGCGACUUCUGUCGGCGGAAGUGUGUCAACCUGUGGCCAGAAGAGGCUGAAGAUCGAAAGGGAGGACGAGGAACAGUCCAGCCAGGGCAAAGAUUGCAAAAAUAUGCCACCUCAUAGUGUCCCUGCGAGGAAGAGAGCGAAGGUGUUCAUCAGGGAUUCGAAUUCCGGGUUUCGUAACGAUUUUCGGAGCGUGGACCGCAAGUAAGAGAGGUGAAAAGACCAUGUUUAUCUAUUUGUGUCGGUCGAAAGUGGUUCCUAGGGGUGAUGGAACCGUUCGUUUGAAAGUAGCGCGUAUAAAGCUAUCUUGGCCUUCGGGGCACUAAUGGGGUAGAAGAUGUUGACUUCUUGGUGACGAGGGUUUGUCUUGUGACAGGUUCAAAUGGCUUAAGUGGCCUGUGUGAUACGUGUGGAAUCGUUACGAUAUGGAUUCUGAAAUGUCUGAUCUUAUUUUGUAGAUAGUCGUUAGACGGAUGAACUUUGUGGAAUUCAUUCUGAAUGUGCAAUAAUAUGUAUUCGACGAGUAACAGGAUCCUCGAGUCGAUUGUCUGUUUUAACUCUCCUCCAAAACUUGGAAGUUUAAUGUCUAUAUCGCAUAAUUUAUUAUUAUAUCAAGGGGAAGGGAAAGAAGGGAGAGGAAGGUGUUCAUGUUACUAGGAACGAAUUUAUCGAAAUAUAUCAAAGUUACAUACA